CGUCGUGCUACAUAACAUUCAGUCAGAAGACGUGUACAGUAUUGUUCGCGCACCAAAACGAACACACCAAAAACAAUUCGUAUCACACAAAAAAAAAGUUUAAUUCAUUGAAAUUUUAUUGCUAAAACAACAACAACAACUCCCAAAUAUUUUGCAAAGAAAGAAGAGUGUAAAAAUUCGUUAAAAUCUAAUUUAAAUAUUUAUUUAUAAAAAAAACAAGAGAAAAAAUAUGUGUUUUGUGUAAAUUGUUACAUUUUUUGAUUGCACGUUGAACAAGUACGAGAGAAAAAUUCAUAGUUGGAAUGCCAGCCCGCAACGCAUUGGAUUUGAAAGUAUACAAUGAAACGGAUACGGAUGCGGUGAGGGAAAAGAAUCAAAUUGGAAAAAAUACAACAGUCAACUUUAAAUCGCAUAUACACAAACCGUUACGAUGUGAACGAAGAAAUUUUUUAAUGUAAAUUGAAAAGCGAAAAAAAGAGACAAAAUGUGAACAAAAAAGUGCGAAUUCGAAAAGAAAGUUGUUUCAGGUGGGAAAAUCCAAAUAUGGAAUGGCCCACACAAAUAAAUUCAAUAUAAAUAUAAUGACAAAACUAAGAGAACAAGUGAAUCCAAUGAAAAUUUGUGUAUGAAGAAAACAGACCGAGAUCGAUUUCGAUUUCAAUUUUGAUAUCGAUCAAAUGUAAACGAAAAAAACAGAAACAUACAAAAGAAAAAAACAGGAAACAUACAAGUCUGACUGAAAAAUAUAGUUGUUUAAAAAAAAAAUCAAAACGGAAAUUAAAGAGUCAGGAAAAAGAAAACAAAAAUGUCAGCUACAUCAACGUCAUUACCGUCAUCGGCCGCAACAAAUGCGGCCAAUAAUGAAAAUGUGAUGGAAACAUCACAGAAUAGCCUACGGAAUCCAAAGUCAUCAUCGAAACAAACGGCAUCAAGCGCCGAUAAAUUGGGCGUGUGCUUGCAGGGCUAUUUAAAGAAACAAAAAACAAUGAAGAAAAAAUAUUUCGUGCUUGUUAGUAAUAACGGUGAAAAACCAGCCCGCUUAGAAUACUAUGACAGUGAGAAAAAGUUUCGUUCGCGUUUCGGUCAUCCAAAACGAAGUAUUGUGCUGAAAAGUUGUUUUCACAUCAGCCAACGCUUGGACACAAAGCAAAAAUUCGUAAUCGCACUGUAUACGAGAGAGGACAGCUUUUGCAUUGUCAUGGAAAAUGAAUCCGAAAUGAACAAAUGGUUGGAUGCAUUACAAAUAUUACGACAACAUGAAGAAAGUGAAGUAGAUUUGCCACGCACCACAUUUGAGCAUGUGUGGGAGGUGCAAGUACAUCGCAGAGGUUUGGCAGUUGAGAAAAAUAUCGUUGGCACGUAUCAUCUUUGUUUAACCGAUAAAGCAUUGCGACUGUCACAGACCGGCUCAAAGACCACACAAAAUGGGGAACAACGAAUGCCAUACGUUGAGUUUCUAUUGACAACGAUCAGACGAUGUGGCGAUUCUCAGCGAUUUUUCUACAUGGAAGUGGGACGCCACAGUGCAAUUGGCGCCGGAGAGCUUUAUAUGGAAACGGAAGAUCCUCUGAUUGCACAAAAUAUGCAUACAACGAUUAUCAAUGCAAUGUCAACAAAUCGAAAUCGUGAAGAAUUCGGUGGACCAAUGAGAAAUCGUUCAUCGUCAGCGAACGAGGCUUCCAAGCCAAUUCUUGUGCUACAACGACGACAGACGCAUGUGGGCAGCAAAACAUUGAACUUUUCACCAUCAAACGGUGGCAAUUCCGUUGCUGAGCACGAUGAUGACGCGACAUAUUUAAUAACACCGAAUCAUGAUUGUCAGAACCCAAGUCACGCGCAUCACAUCAGUCACCAUCGCCAUCAUGGUGUAUCGUCGUGCUAUCGCUAUCAUGUUGCCGAUACAGUUGUUGAAGAAUCAACGGAUGAUUCAAUUGUAACGGUCAUCAGUAGUACACCGUCGAUACGUGCAAAUGAAUCGCCAACAAUACCAACAACACCAACACCAAACAUUAUUCUAACCAAUUCGGAAACGGUGGAGAAUGAGACGUACAUUGAAGAAACAUCAUUACAUGCAGCACGAUCAUUAUCGAUUAAUAAAUUAACAAAUAAACCGGAUGAGGCCGGUGUCGAUCCAAUGAAAUUGUCACCAUCGUCAGCGUCGUUGCCAUCGCCAUCGUUACUGACAUCGCCAACAAUUGCUCAGGCAACCGAUUCAAUUUCGAAUUACAAGGAAACGGCACAAAAUAAUAACAAUAACAAUAUCAAUAAUAAUAAUUCACAAACUGGCAUUGCCACGUCAGUGCGAUCGGGCGCUGUAGUGACAACAACGAUCACAACAAUCGUUUCACAAAAUCCAUGUCAAACUGUCAUCACUUCAACGUCAUACAGUACAAAUUCACUAAAGGCAACAGCAACAACAACGGCAUCAGCCAUCAAUUCGCCAGUGGCGAUUGCUGCUGUGGCCGCCGUUGCUGCCGGAAAGGCUGGAACAUCUUCGUUCACCAAUUUAACCACCACAUGUAAUCCACAAUAUCUUCGUUCAGUGCAGUCAUCAUCUUCCUAUCAUCGACGUCAUUCGGUUUCAGUAGUAGCUGCAAAUAGUUUUUCAGUUCUUGCGUCAAAUGAAUUAACUGUAUCACAUCAAAGAGCAUUUUCAUUACCAAUAACAACAACUGCUUUAUUGACCACCACCACAUCAUCAUCAUUAUCAUCGCCAAGUGAAUUAAAUCCCGAUCAUCAUUCUCAUUGCAAAACAAAAUCGCUAACCACAACAAAUCCAACGCAAAUGAUGUCCGGUACUGGCAUCACAACUUCAAUGCAACAGCUCACAAAAUCAAAUCAUCUAAGUUCCUUUCAUCAGCGAACACGUUCGCUGCCACACACCGAAGAAGAAUCACCGGUGGUUGUGGUUGAUACAAUAUUUCCCUCAUCGGCCGCAUCGACAUCGUCAUUACAUUCAUCGGUCGAAUGUAAUGCGCCCAACCAUCCAUCGAUGAUUCGAUCUGGUUUGGCAUUCUAUUCGAAAAAUAGCAUUUCAUCGUUGUCAUCGGUGCAUUCGUCAUCGAAUUCAUCCAUAACGGCUGUUGCCGCAAAUGAACUGAAUGGUUCAUCAAUACUACGAAAAUUGUGCGAAACGAUGUGCACAACACGAAAUGCGGACGGAAGUCGUAAACAUUUGCCAACAUGCUGUUUUUAUCAAAUUGAUAAACAAGCGGCCAGCAAUAAAAAUCGCACUCAUAAACCAAUAAAAACAAAUGAUCAAAAUUGCAAUCGUUCAAACAUUAACAACAAUAAUAACAGUAAUAAUCAAAAUCAAAUUAAUUCGGAGUGUGGCGAUUCCGCCUACCUACUGAUGACAUCAUCAUCAUCAUCGGCAAAUCGAAAGGGUAUGCACCAUCAUGAUUCUAUGGACUGUUAUGAGCAACAAUAUAAACGCGACCAUUCUAUAACCACUAUUACACAAAUUCCAUCCACAUUCAAUACUAAUUAUACGGAAAUUUGCCCAAACACAUUCGAACUCAUUGUACCAUCGAUCAUAAUUAGUGCACCAAAUUCAUCUAGCAUUGAUCAUAUUAAUCAAAACAUACUUUCAUUAACUGUUUUCCCAUCAUCCACCUCAUCCGUAACAGCAAUAACAUCAACAACAUCAUCAUCAUCAGCAACAACAACAACAGUUUCGGCAUUACGUUGCAAAGGCUGUAACUCGCACAGGAGUUUAAAUUUACGCGAUCGAUGCGGUAGUUUGCCAACCCAUAAUCGAACAACCAGCGAUGGAACGGCUCAAUUGAUUCAAAAUCAAUCGAUGCCACCACCACGUACCAUACCAUUAGCGAUAACUGGACGUCCGCAUUCAAUGUAUACAAAUAGCUAUCGUCAUAGUCCACCAGUGAAUUCGAAUAAUGGCAGUAACCAUCAACCGGUGCCGUUGAGUCCAAGCUUGAAAACGUUCUCAAAGAGUUGUUCGGAAAGUGAUGGAUCGUCGUUAAGUAUUGAUGAGCCAGAUGGUUGUUUUACACCAGACGAAAGUAAUGGAUUCCCAGUUAAAACAUACAAUCCAUGCCCAUCUGGAUCUGUGAUACCUGAAGAGAAUGUUGAUGAGUUUGUAAUACCAUCCGAACAAAAUAUACCAAAUAUAAAUGGCCUUCGUAUGGGUUCAAGCAGUGGAUCACUGUCAUUGCCAAUUCAAUCUCAACAACAGCAACAACAAUAUCGAACAGAGAGUCCGCAGUCUUCAUACAGUCCAUACGGAAAUUCACCGGUUAUUGAUCAACCAAAUCACACGGGCUAUAUGAUGAUGUCACCCGGAACAGAUUACAAUAAAGGAAUGUUUACGGGAACAAAUUCGUGUGCACACAGUCAAACAUCAAGUUUGGCCGAAGAUUGUGUUGAUUCGUAUGUACCAGUUCAAAGUGGUGUUCGGCCAAUGGGCGAAGAGUACAUCGAUAUGGAACAAAAUCAUCGUCAUGCAAACAAUACAAGCAGCAUGAGUUCGGCUGCAUCGAGCUGUAGCAUUACAUCGGGCACACCAUCAACUGAUCUGCGUUUUGCCGAAUAUCAACUCGACAAAGUCGUAUCACAUUUUACACCCGACGAUGAUGAUCCAAGCAUGUUUCUUGAGCGGCCAAUUCGUGCAUAUUCGGUGGGAAGCCGUUUGGAGCACAAUAAACGCAAGAUGCGUGUUGAUAUGCUAUCCGCUGAGCAUAGCAACAAUACAACGUCACGAGUACGAGCAUUUUCUGUGGGAUCUCGUGCCAAAGUGGCACGAUCUGAUCUCUACCGAGGCUUAAUUAACUCAACGAAUUUACUGAAAGCAAAUAGUCAAGAUAUUGCAAAUUUGAAUACAACGAUAAACAACAAUAAAACGUCUAUCAAUUCAAUGCAAAAAAAUCAAAAUGCAUUGAACAAUAAUAUUACAUUGACAUCGUCGACCAGUGGUGAUAGUUCGAGUGAUGUGAAUAAAAAAUCAAACAGCUCCCUAUACUUGACAAACGGGCCACGAUCAACGGAGAGUUGUCAUAGUCUCAACAAUGCCAAAAGCAACUCAAUCGAUCCGAUGGAUGAUUUGAUGGAAAUCGAUUUUACGAAAAAAGAUGAUGAUUCAUUGUCGACCGAUUCAAGCUACGAUCCAAAGCAUUCAAGUUGCUAUGAUCUUAUGGAAAUUGAAUAUCCGCAAAAUGCAAAUCAAUCGGAUAAUGGAAAGAGAAAAAAGUCUGCAUCAAUAUCAGGAACGUCAUGUUUAAAAGAAGCAAUGAUGACAACACGUGUAUCACAACCGGUGCCCAUUGCAAGACGCUCCAACGAUGGUCCCGACAGUGAUGGUUACAUGUCAAUGAAACCAGUCGGUAGCAGUGAUUCAAAGCACAGCAUAAACAGUUUGACAUUUCAACGUGGUGGCGCAAAUCCAUCAUCAAGUAUGUCAUCGUCACCAACCAAACAUGUCAAUCGAACGGCUAGCAUUUCAUCGCCCGGUUCAAUGCAUCGAACCAUUCCGGUACAGGCGCGAACACAUCAAAAUUCAAUUGGCAACGAUGAUUAUUUGAACAUGAGUCCGGUAAAUGUACGCGCAACGGUUGUAUCUAAAAUUUCUAGUCAAUUAUCACAACAUCAACAACAACUCCAGCAACAGCAUUUGCAACAACAACACCCACAACAACAACAACAACAAACGCAACAGCAGCAAAUUGGUAUGCAUCACGUAGGCUCUGGCGGUGCACCCGAUGGCUACAUGGAAAUGUCAUGGAACAAUCGAACGACAGCAAAUAAUUCAAAUAAUUUAAAUAACAACAACAAAGUUGGUCAUGUUAUAAUGGAACGAAAUCGUCAGUCAUCCUCGUCAUCGAUAUCAUCAUCAAAUGAAUAUAUCGACAUGAAUUUUGGUGGCAAUAUACCACGUACAUCGAGUGCAAGCAGUGAUUGCAGCAGCACAAGUAGCAUUGAAAUUUCCACACAUGCCAUUGAAUCGCGAAAUAGUCGCAUACGUUCACUUCCAAUUACAAUUAAGAAAACACAAUCUCAGCCAACCAAUGCCAAGACAAUUUCCAAGCAAACAAUUGGCACCCAACCACAAAAUCAUCCAAUCAUUCAUAGUUUUGCCGCGUCCAAAAUGAUUCCGCCAACAUUUUUAAGUUUAAAUACAAAUCUUAAGUCGACAAGCGCUCAAACAUCGUCCGAUUCGACGAGUGAAUGUAGCAUUACAACGCCAACCGGUGAUUUGACAUCGCAUAAUGCAUCAUCAUCAACCAUAUUUCCAUUCAGUCCGAAUAGCCCAAAUAACGGUGUGAAUAAACAAAUCUUUUCUAGUCAAUCAAUGCAGUUGCCUUGCGAAGAACAAAAUCGAAAAUGCUUUGUAGACGGAACGACAGGCACUUUGCGAUUAUCGGAAAGUGAAUCAGAUCCAACGACACCGUCUGCAUUCCCAGCCAACAGCGCUACAAUCAAACCAAUCAUACCGCUCGAUGUGCUGAGCAGUGAUUAUGCUGACAUGACAAUUGGUGGUAAUUCAAGUAAAUCUAUACGAAAUACGGGGCCAACGCUUAGUCCAAAAGAGAAUAUAAAAAAAUUGAAAUCGUCAUUUUUCGGCUGCAGUAAAAUUGACGAAACAAAAAUGGAAUGUACAAGUCCCACUUCAAGCUCAAGUAAUCCAAUCAAUAUUGCAUCAACAAUGACGAUAACGACAGCGACACCAACGAAUGUCACAACAAAUUCCAAAAAUUCAACAUGUGAUGAAGGUGAUUACACAAUCAUGAAUCCGGUAAUGAGCAAACGUAUCGUAGCACAACAAAAACAACCACAACAACAACAACAACAACAACAACCACCUCAAUCUCAAGUGCAACCCGCACAAGCCACUUUUCCAUUGAAGAAAACGGCACUUGUCACAACCAACAAUGAUCCGGACAAAGUGUUGGCCAAUACCCAAGUCAAAAAUAGUAUCGAUGGUUUCAAACCGAUUACCUCACGCGCUGACAAAGAAGUGUUCCAACAGAGUAGUAGUAGUAAUAGUAGUAGUAAGUCUGUUUCAACGGCAGGCACGUCAUUCAGUCGUCAACAUUCGGCACCAGUUGAAAAACAACGAAAACCCUCCGCUGAUAAUGGUGGAUAUGAAUUACUUGAAUUAAGACCAAGCAGUUCAUCACAUUCAAUGGGUGGUGGUGGUGGCAGCAGUGGUGUUGGCCGAAUUGUCCGACCAAAUUCAGUAAAUAGCGAAAAAACCACAUUUACACCGUUGCAUCGACCCAAUUCGGCAAAUAGCGAACGUCAAUCAACAUCCACAUUUUCGCUUACAUCAACACCGUUGAACGAAUUGGGCACACAAUCGGUGCAUUCAUCAUCAUCAACAUUAUGUGGCAGUGGCACCAAUAUAACACGGCCAUCAUCCUCGUCGCUUUUAUCGUCGGGUUCAGAUUAUAGUCAAUCGUCUCGUCCGUCAUCCGUUAUUUCGGUGAUCGAACAACAAUUGCAACAACAACAAUCUGCUCAAACAACACCGACAACAGUGUUCACAUCACGGCCACCAUCUGUUAGUUCUGAACGUGAAUUACAUUAUGCUAGUCUUGAUUUACCUGCAUGUUCCUCAACCGCUGCAGCUCCAUUAGCCAAUAACAAUACGGUAGGAAAUCUUGCAUCAAUUCAAAAUCCAAUCACAGGCGCUGAAGCACCCACCUUCACAUAUGCACAAAUUGAUUUUGUCAAAAGUAACGAAAACUCAUCAACAAAUAAUAAUAACAACAAUAAUAAUGCUUAGAGAAACAAACGUUUCCGAUUCGGUAGGUGUUAAGCAUUGUAGCUAACGGUACGCACCGCUGUAGAAAUGAGAAAAAAAAAUGAGCGGUAACCGCUUAAAUGGGUUCAAAGACGAAUGCCUAGUUUUUCUUGCAAAUUGGGUCAUUCCAUUUACGUAGGGAAACGGAAAAGAAAUAUGUCAACGAAAAUGUGGGGAAAAAGAGAGAAAAAAAAGAAGAAUUUAGCGAAAUUCUAUUGCUUUGCUAGUGUCCAGAAAUGAGGUUCUUUCAUAUUAAUUGAAUGAGCAUAAUCCAAAACGGAGACAUGCAAGCCUUUGAUUCGAUUUGAUUUUAUUUUUUUUUAAGUGGAAAAAGAAAUGAAAAAGCUUUAAAAAAACCAGUUUUGCGAAUUGCAAUAGACACACACACACACACAUGCUAUUAUCCCAGUAAUUAAUUCCCGUGUAUGUUAUGUGUGUUUCAAACGCAUGUCACGUAAAUAUCAUUCGGUUAUCUAUUUUUAUACGAUUUUUACUUUGUUUUCAUUUGUUUCCCUUUUUUUCACUUUAUUUUUUUUAAUUUCUUCAAGUUAUUUUAAUCUGAAUUGGUUUUCCUUUUCAAUGACACUAGAUCGAAUUUAUUAUGAAUUUGCAUUGUAGACAAUUUUUUUUAUUAUUUUUUUUUUUUUUGAGCUACGUUCUAGAGAACGUUAAAAGAAAACAUAUUCAGUCUAAUUCAAAUCACAUAAAAUUAUCAAAAUGUGGAAAUAGAAACUUUUGUUCCUUUUUCGAUUAAAUAUAUUAUUGUUUUCGUUUUUUGUUUGUUUAAUUGUUGCAAACAAAUACACACAGACACACAUACACACUCACCAAUGGCCCUGAAAGUAAGUUUAUAAGCUCAUCGAUGAUUUUUUUUUUUUAAAUAUAUUCUUUUUGUUGUUUUAAAAACAAUAAAAAUGGUUAUUAUUUCCAUUAAUUUGUAUACGCCACAUAGCAUAGCUAUAUAUUUGUCCCCGUGUGUUCGAUACAUGUUUCUCUUUCUCGGGUGCGCACGUGUAUUUAUUUGAUCGACUUUUAUGCCAAAAUUUGAUUUCAUUUAUGAAAAUGAAUGCACGAUUCCAUGGAAACUUUUUGCAUUUGUCCGAUGUUGACAAUAGUCAAAAGUUCAGCGCUUGUUCAAUGCAUUCAUUUUUUGAAUGAUCUCAAGCAAUGCGAUCAGUCAAUGAAACAAACAAAAAUCGCGUGCGCAAACACACAUCUAUUUAAUUGUCAUAAUAAGAGCUAGCUAAAUUGUUUGUAUUGCUUCAUGAGAAGAUGAAAGUGAAAUUAAAAUUAAGUUGUAGCCGUAACAAGCUAUAGAAUUAUUUAUAAAAUGAAAAUCAUAAAACGAAUAGACGUUAUAAUUUUCUUUUUCUUUAAAAUUAUGUUUGUUUUGGACGCGAGUUGAAUGUUAGAGUGAGAGAGAAACAUAGUUGUGUUUACAUUUUUGAAGUACAACAACUAUUACAAUGUAAUUGAAAUGAAUAAAUUAUAAGUAAUUUAAAGAAAGUA